UUAUUAAAAGGAGGGAAUUAUGGGAAUGUAGUAGUUAACACCAAUUGAAUUGUUAAGUUAUUUAACAAAAUCAGUAUUCAUGACAAAUUGAUUGGAUUGAUGUAAUAGAUGAAGAAUCACGGUGUAUAACGUAUUUUGAGGAGACAUUAUAACAAGGUUAAGACAUUGUAUGAUAAGACUGAGCUCACACGAUGGCUGAAGUAGAUUGUCGUUCAACUAUAGCUGACAUUGACUUUGUUUGUACUCCUUGUUUUGAGGACGAUAUUCGAGAACAAGCUGUGAAAUAUUGUCCUGAAUGUCUGGAGUUUUUGUGUACAGGAUGCACUCGACACCAUGGAAGGCUGAGAAUAAGUCGUUCCCAUAAGCUUGUAGACAAGGACGAGGCAAAACAAGGGUCACAUUUUGGUGUGAAAGCAAAAUGUUUAUAUCACCCAGAUCGUGAGAUAGAGAUGUAUUGUGAGGAACAUGACAUGGUUUAUUGUUUAAAGUGUAUUGCUACAGAUCAUAGGUCCUGUAAGGGAGUGACAGGUUUAGACGACUUAUCAGUUUCUACUGAUCAGAAAAGAGAAACAGAACGUUUAAAAGCUGACAUUAUGAACAUCCAAGAACGUUUAGAAAAUACUGAUAAGAAAACGAAAACAAACCUGAAAAGCAUAGAGGAACAAAGAAAUGACGUCAUUUUGCAAAUAGAAGGACUUGCGCGCGGUUUGGUAGAACAUAUCCAGAAGUUGGAGCGUGAAGCUUUGGAAGGCCUCGAUGCGGAAUAUUCUUUGGUCAAAGGAGAACAAGAGAAAAAUGUGUCUAAGUUAAGUAAAGCUAAAGAAGAGAUUGAACAGGUGAGAAGUCAGCUACAAGACGUGGACACUCUGGAUAAAAUACAACAGUUUGUUAAGACAAAACUGGCACAACAAAUUUUGAACGAUGCAGUAAAAAUGUUUGAACACAAUGAAGUUAAAGACAUUCAAUCAUUGUAUUUGAAGGAAAAUACAGAAUUAAAAUCCUCAGUCAGUUCAUCAACAUUUUUAGGGUAUGUACUAAGGAUAGCAGAAAGCAAAAGACUGCCGACAUCGAGGACGUAUAAAGUACGUUCACAAAAGGAGGAAAAUAUCCGCAUGAAAAACGACAAGACCCAACCCUGCAUUUGUGAUGUAUGUCAGCUUCCAGACGGUACAAUCAUACUGGCUGAUUACAGUAAUACGAGGAUAAAGAGGCUUGAUGUGAAUUAUAAAAUUAAAGAUUGUUUUGAUCUAGAAUCAUAUCCCAGAGGUAUCUGUUGUACUGGUAACACUGAGGUCGCUGUAAAACUUGACAACAACAAAGUUUGGUUUAUUUCAGUAGGAAGCUCAUUAUCUAAAGUGAAAGAUAUAUCUGUUAAAGGUCGAGGUUACUUCGGAAUGACAUAUUGUGCUGGAAAGUUGUGGGUAUAUGAUGGUAAUGGUGUAAAUGUAUACUGUAUGGAUGGUACAUUAUCUAAUUCUAUCGGUAGUGAUGGCAAUAGACAUCGCAUAUUUACAUCUAUACAACAAAUGACCGUCAGCGGAGAGAAUGUUUAUGUAGCACACUAUAGUGGUGGUGCUUUCUGCUUGACAAGAGAUGGAACGGUGAAGAGAGAACUGAGAGAUAAAAGGCUUGCUGAAAUACGUGGUGUAUGUGUAGCCAAUGAUGGGACCGUGUUUAUUUCUGGGUACAGCUCACAAAACAUCAUGAUGUUUAAUAGCGAAGGAAAAUGCCUUGGAGAAUUAGUUACUAAAGAUUCCGGUCUCGUAAAUCCACUAUCAUUAUUGUUCGAUGACAAGACAAACUGUUUAGUUGCUGCGUGUUUUUCUGGCAAAAUGAUAGUAUAUUAUAUCUGACAUUUUACCAUAUAGUGUGUGCAUUGUUGUAAUGUUGCACAUAGAUUUUAAAUGCUACAUGUGGAGAGAAAGAGUUACAGUUAUAUGAUCAAACAUAUCAUAUUCAACGGUCAGCCUCUACAUACAUUUACUUUCCCUGUUAAAGGUAUGAUGAUAACUCGCUACUUAAUAUGUUGAAUUACUGAUAUUCAGUCAAUACCAUAUGCAGAGCUUUGCUAUGCUGUCCAGCUGUUGGUUUUGUUGUCCAGUUUAUGUUGUUUACGUAUAGGUUAUGAAGACAUGGACAGUGUGUUUCUUUAUAUACAUGUAUGCUAUAAAAUACAUGGUAGUCACAUACCUUUUGUUAAAUAAAUACGGAAUAU